AUGGCUCUUGUGGUGGUGGUUCUGAUGAUGAUGCUCGCCGCUACCUACACUUCCUUCUGGCUUCCGCUCUCUGCUCCACCGCUGAUCACAGAGCCAUUCGACGCCUCGAAGCCUCCAAAGUCACCGCCGAUCACAGAGCUGCCACACCUGCCGCUUCCACCUCCACCACCCACCUUGCAGUCACCACUCACGCCCUCCAAUGAGCCCUUCAAGGCCCUCAAGCCCUCAAAGUCGGCUCCAAAGUUGCCCUCAAAGCCGUCAUCACCACCGAUUGAGCUGCCGCCGAUUGAGCUUCUGCCGAUUCAGCAGCCACCGCAGCCGCUUCGACAACCCCCACCUCCCCUGUGA